UCUCCUUCAUCCGCCCUUCCUUACAUCGCUCCUUUACGACUAAUCACCUCCCAGCCUUCCACGCUAUGGCCGUGUCCACGAAGCAGCUCUGGGACAAUGCUCUCGCUCAUCUUCAUGACCUUUCCAGCGCCACCGUCUAUAGACACUCCGAGCUCGAGUCACGCGUCGCCGAGCUCGAGGGUGAGCUCGCCGCCCUGAAGCUAGCUUAUAACACCACAUCCGAUGUUGAAAAGAAGCCGCCUAACGCGCUGCUUCCCUCUCUUACGCGCCAAUCCUCCAGCUACAAUGUUGCCCAGGACCCAAUGGUCCUGUGCGCCAUCGACGGAGACAGGCUCAUGUUCCAUCCCACCCUGAUCGAGCAGGGCUACGCAGGCGGCCGUCAGGUGGCGCAGGACUUCACCAAGGCGAUCGCGCAGGAGCUCCUCCAGCAGGGCUUGACCGUCUUCGAGCGGCUCUCGUUCUGGGUGACGCUGUACAUCAACAAGAGGGCGAUCCUCACCGCCCUGCGCGACGACGGCAUCGCCAGCCCGGAGCACUUCGAGUCCUUCCUCCUCGGGUUCGGCCAGGCGUCGCCCCGUUUCCUGAUCGUCGACGCGGGCCCGGGCCGAGAGAGCACUGAGGUCAAGGUGAAAGAAUAUAUUAAGACGUACAUCCGCUUCCCGCAGACGCUGCGGUUAUUCUUCGGAGGCGUGGACGACACGUACCUCGCGAUGUAUGACGGGCUCGAGAAGGACGACCUCGUCGGGAAGCUCGUUCUCAUGCAGCCGCCCAACGAGAUGUCGCCAGCCGUGCGCCGGAUGUCGGCGCGGACGCUCCGGAUCGACGGCCUGUUCAUGACGGAGAAGGUCAACCCGUGGGCGGCGCGUCGCCCGGGGCCCCUCUUCGGCCUCGCGGACGGCCACUCGAGCGUCGUCACGAACGGCGGCCUCAUUAGCCCCCAGUCGGAGAGCCAGUCGUCGGGGUCCACGCCGCCGCCGCGCCACUCGUCGUCCGAGGGUCUGAGGUACAUCGAUGCUACGAAGCCGCUCCAUAAGCAGAACCCGCCGCCCUGCAACGAGCAUUACCUCAUGGCGUGUUCUAAAGGAUCGAACUGCAAGUACUCGCACGAUUGGUACCUCACCCCGGAGCAGCUCGAUAUUUUGGCUCGGAACGCGAAGAAGGCCCCUUGCAACUAUCUUAAGAACGGCAUCCCUUGUCCGCACGGCGACAACUGCUGCUGGGGUCACGUCUGCCCAAGCGGUGCUCGAUGCUUCCACCUGAGCAAGGGGAAGUGCUGGUUCAAAGGAGACGGCAUGCAUCCCCCCGUCGGUCCGCAGCUCGUCGAGGUCGCUUAACCAAAAAGCGAAUACGGAAUUUGGCGGCGUUUGGCCCGAUCUCCUAGUAUCGUUGGAUAGGUAAACACAUUGCAUUCGAGCAUCUUUUGUGCCCAUAUACCUCCAUCUCGCGCAGCAGGCUAGCAUACAUAUCACGAUCCUAUAGGAGUUGUAUAAGUAACUUAUGUCGAAGUGCGCUAAGCCUUCCUACGCCGUCAUCGAUCUUAGUACACGUUCAAUCCUCUGUAACAUCUUCCUGGUUAUAUAUACUGUCAA